AUGGACUCUGUUAUCUGCGGCUGUUCGAUGAUAUUCAGCAAGCCAAUGUUUAAUUAAUAUUUGUCGCAAUAGAGCAUUCCAAAAUUUUGCAUAAACGAUAGGUACCAUAUAAAAUUAUAUUUGAUUCCUUAUGACAUAAACAAUCCUCAAAUGAUUCCAGAGAAAUUGUUAGAAAAAAAUAAGGAAAUCUAACUAACACUAGAUUCACCCAGAAAUUUUAAACCGAGUCAAAUUAAUCCUAAAAAAAAAUAUGAACUGCAAAAUGGAACUAUGCUCUAAAUUACAAGAAAAUAUGGAGUUAAUGAAGAUUACCUUCAUAUCUAGGAUCUCUAUAGAGGAAUUAUAAAAAGUGGAGAUUACAAAUUGCCGUUUUAAGUACCAACGAAAUUCGGGAUGAAUUCAAGUUUUUAAUAUCGAAAUUAAGAUGGAUUACAAUAAGCUAAAAUCUAAUAUAAAAUAUAUUUGAGAAUCAUCGAUUUGCAAUCAAAUUAAAUCAUCGUCCAAAAGAGCAUCCCCAUUUACAUUAAUAGCAGAUAUAAAUUAACUGAGUAGAAAAGAGAGAAUGAGGGAAACAUAGUUUAAUUUUUUUGUCUUCAUAGAGGUAUGAUAGAACUAGGUAUCAGAACUGCAAAGAACCUUUAUAAGCCAGGAGAAGUCCUGGAAUUGGAAUACACUUUAAACACUACUAGAUCAUAAAGAUCCAUAACUAAAGUGGAAGUGAAAUUAAAUCAUUUCUUAAGUUUUACUGAUGACGAUGAAAAUGAGAGGGUGAUAGAAAAUAAAACAUUAUAUUCUAAUGUCUUGCCUGGUCUAUCUGCAGGGAAGAGAAGUGAAGGCUUAAAGUCUUCAAUUACACUUCCUAAUGACUUGGCUGCAACUGUUAAAAUGUAAUUUAUUAAAAAUCAUUACAUCUUAUAAGUUUAAGCAUUUGCUGAUGGAUUGCUAACUUCUUUGGCGGUUCCAGUUAUUUGCUAAAUUCCUGUCAUAAUAUUGGAGAGUAGAAAAAAGGAGCAACCUGAUCUUAAAGACUGGAAAUUCAAUACUAAACAGGAGAAUAAUUCGUUUUACUAAUUCACAUGUUAGUAGUAGUAAUUAUUUAUUUGA